AUGCCUCAUCUGUAGAUGCCUCAUCUGAAGAUGCCUCAUCUGAAGAUGCCUCAUCUGAAGAUGCCUCAUCUGUAGAUGCCUCAUCUGAAGAUGCCUCAUCUGUAGAUGCCCCAUCUGAAGAUGCCUCAUCUGAAGAUGCCUCAUCUGAAGAUGCCUCAACUACUCAAAACUGUUUUGUGACAGUAGAAAACAAAUGCAGUAAUAUCGGUGAUGCCCUAAAACCCAAAACGGGAUCGACAACACCAACGGAAGAAGGAUCAGAGCCCAUAAGCUCCGGUAACACUCCCGGAGGAGAACACAAAACCGAAAACAGUAACCCCGUCAAGACAAACUCGGCCCUUGGAAGAAGUGAAGAUAAUAGAAAAGUUUCUCGGGACACAAUAGUUGAAGGAUAUAAGACAAAUGUUGAAAAGGCCAUAAGUAAAAUUAAUUUAAUUAUUGAGGACCAUAAAAAACUUUUGGCCCAACGGGAGGAGGAAAAGGCCAAACGGGAGGAGGAAAAGGCCAAACGGGAGGAGGAAAAGGCCCAACGGGAGGAGGAAAAGGCCAAACGGGAGGAGGAAAAGGCCAAACGGGACGAGGGAAAGGCCAAACGGGACGAGGAAAAGGCCAAACGGGAGGAGGAAAAGGCCAAACGGGAGGAGGAAAAGGCCAAACGAGAGGAGGAAAAGGCCAAACGGGAAGAGGAAAAGGCCAAACGGGAAGAGGAAAAUGCCAAACGGGAGGAGGAAAAGGCCCAACGGGAGGAGGAAAAGACCAAACGGGAGGAGGAAAAGGCCAAACGGGAGGAGGAAAAGGCCAAACGGGAGGAGGAAAAGGCCAAACGGGAGGAGGAAAAGGCCAAACGGGAGGAGGAAAAGGCCAAACGGGAGUAG